AUGUCCACAAAUACCAGCAACCCUGACGACUGCGGUACCAGCAACCUUGACGAUAGCGGUACCAGCAACCCUGACAACUGCAGUACCAGCAACCCUGAUGACUGCAGUACCAGCAACCCUGACGACUGCGGUACCAGCAACCCUGACGACUGCGGUACCAGCAACCUUGACGAUAGCGGUACCAGCAACCCUGACAACUGCGGUACCAGCAACCCUGAUGACUGCGGUACCAGCAACCCUGACGACUGCAGUACCAGCAACCCUGACGACUGCGGUACCAGCAACCCUGACGAUAGCGGUACCAGCAACCCUGACAACUGCAGUACCAGCAACCCUGACGACUGCGGUACCAGCAACCCUGACAACUGCAGUACCAGCAACCCUGACGACAGCGGUACCAGCACACAAUGGCAACAAUGCACAGGAGAUAGGAGACAGAGAUGGCCACAGCGGCCUCAAUACUUCAUACAGCCCUCUAAGUUUGUUUUCUUGUUAGGGAGCCAAGCGGCUCCAAACAUGAAUAUUUUAGGAGCCAAACCUAACUUCUUAGGAGCCAACAGAUAUCUAAAAUAG